AGAUUAGAGGGUGAGUGAGUGAGUGAGAGAAGAUAUUUGAUUCCAUUGGUCUGGUUUUUGGACCCCAGCAGCAUCUAACACCACCACCACCACCACCUGGACAGACACACCCUCUCCUAACUUCAUUUACUCUGUUUCUCCCAUACCCUCCCUCAUCUUAUAUCUCUUCAUCUUCCUCUUCUUCUUCAAUUCUACUACUACUACUACCCCAUGAGUUUUGGUAUAAAUCAGAGAUCACAACACCCCCCAAUUGUCUGGAAAUACCAUACCCUGGCCUGACUCACCCAACUACAACACCAUAUAAAGCACUCUUCCUUUUCUAACCUUUUUUUCUACUUAUAAAUUGCUUCUAUAGUGGAGAAGCUACCUAGAGAUAGAUAGAAGUGGCCGCAGUCUACACUUUUCUUUAGAUCAAUUGAGGAGAUGUUGGAUGCAGAGGAAGAAUUUCUUUUAGAUUGUACUACUACUACAAUGGAAACAGGAGCAACAGGUGUAAAGCUGGAAUCAUCAUCAUCAAUAUUGGAGUCGUCUUCCAAUGAUACUUCUAUGAUGAGGAAGAAGAACAAUAAAAAGAAGAAAAGAUUUAGUGAUGAGCAAAUCAAAUCAUUGGAAUCUAUGUUCGAAACAGAAACAAAGCUGGAACCUAAAAUGAAACUUCUGUUGGCUAAAGAGUUGGGAUUACAGCCUCGACAGGUUGCGAUUUGGUUUCAGAACAGGAGGGCUAGAUGGAAGUCGAAGCAGCUUGAAAGAGAUUACAACAUUCUCAAAGCUAGUUAUGAUGAUCUUGCUUCUAAAUUCGAGAACUUAGAGAGCGAAAAACAAGCCUUGAUCAAACAGUUGCAGAAGCUAAGUGAUCUGGUGGGUAAGCCUAGAGAAGAGAGCAGUUGCUGCGGCCUGGGUUUAGCUGGAAACAACAGCAGUAUGGAUGGUGAUUCUGACAAUGGAGACACCAAAUACAAAUUUGAAAAGAAACCAGAGCUAUCAGUGGAAGGAGGAAAUGGAUUGGAUUUCAGACUUGAUCCUUGUUCAGAGGAUGAACACAGCAAGGAACUAGAAUAUUUCGGGCAAGAUGAAGAACAUGAUCUAAUGAACAUUGGGGAGCCAACAUAUGGAAUUUUAUCAUCGUCAGAAGACUGGGGUAGUCUCGAUGAUUCUACGAGUCUAUUUGAUCAAUCAUGUAGUGGCAAUUCACAGUGGUGGGAAGUCUGGCCUUAAAAAGAUGCUCUAUAUAAUUUUUAGUGAAAACAACUUCUACCUGACAGGCUAAUGGAGGCAAUAAGCAUGUCAGAAAAAGAAAAUUUCAGAUCACCAGCUGUUGAAGUUCUGAAGAAGUAAGAGGGCCAACAAUAUUAGCUUCAGAAAAAAAAUGCAAUCACACAACAACAACAAUUCAGAAGCUCCACGAGAUUCAGAAAAGGAGAUUCAAUCCUUAUUCUUAACCAAAACUUCUUCUAACAAGGAAACAAAAGCAUCACAGUGUAGGAAAAGAACACUAGAACGCCCACAGGCAAAAGGAAACCAUGACACAAAACGUAACCGAACACCAUAUGUACAGGCUUGUAUGAGUAUGAACGCACAUAGUGAGGAUUGCACUUGUACCCUAGGACAGACAUCAAAGCAUGCGACACAAACCUCAUUCUGGACUUUGUAUAUCAGUUUGUUUUCAGGUUUUGUAAGGUUGUGUAGUUAUCGUACCAAUAGUUCAUAAAUAAAAAUAAAAAAGCAAGAUAAUAGUUAGAGUGAUACA